AUGGCUUACGAUCAAAGAACAAAGAGGAGAAAGACCGACGAUGACAACUAUGUCGACACAACGAGGAUCUCUUCCAGGUUCCAACCCUAUGAGGGUGGCCGUACCUGGACAGUCUCGGUUGCCAUUCCCAGCAGCAUUCUCACAGAUGCCAUAACUGCCGAGCGCCGCACUGCCGUUGCUGGUCGCAUCGCCCGAGCCCUUGCCGUCUUCUCCAUCGACGAGAUCGUCCUCUUCGACGACAGCCCGGUCGAGUCCCGCCCCAAGAACGUCGACACCAAGAGCUAUACCGGCGACAUUGACGGAUGCCACUUCCUCGAGCACCUCCUCGGGUACCUUGAGGUCCCGCCGUUUAUGCGCAAGAUGCUCUUCCCGCUCCACCCGAACCUGCGCCUCGCCAACCAGCUCCCCGCGCUCGAGAUGCCCCAUCACCCGAACCCGACCGACUGGCUGCCGUACCGCGAGGGUGUCGCUGGAAAGGGCACACCCCAGGGCACCUUGAUCGAGGUCGGCUUGAAGGACCCCGUUCUGAUCGAGGACGAGGUGCCCCCCAACACGCGCGUGACGCUGUCCUACCCGGACUACAACACAGACAAGGCGGAGGCCUGUGAUCCGUCGGCGCCGAGGGAAGAGGGUGGCUACUACUGGGGAUAUCAGGUACGGCGCGCCGACUCCCUGUCGGCCGUGUUCACGGAGUGCAAGUACGAGGGUGGUUACGACGUUAGCAUCGGCACGUCGGAACGUGGGCGCACGCUCUCGGAGGCGUUUCCCAGCGCGGCGCCUAUGGACUUCAAGCACCUGCUCAUCGUCUUCGGCGGCCCCAGGGGCAUUGAGUUCGCCGCCCUCAAUGACAAGGAGCUCGAGGGCAUGGAGAUGACUCCCGCUAAGACGAGGGAACUGUUCGAUCACUGGGUGAAUGUGCUCCCUGGUCAGGGAAGCCGUACCAUCCGCACAGAUGAGGCUAUCUGGGUGGCUCUCACGAGCCUGAGACGGUUGUGGGUUGAGGUGUGA